UGCGUGUAAUAUUCGUUGUCGUCGUCGUCGUUCUUCUCAUUUCUUUGCUUUCUCGCGACUUUUACUGGCUGUCUGUUGACAUCUCUCUCGCACAGAGUGAGAGUUCUGGGAGGAGGCAGCGAAGAGGAGACGAUGAUGAUGGAUUGGGACAAGCAGCAGCAACAAAAGCAGCAGCAGCAGCAGGAAGAAGCGGCGACGAUCAGCACCGCCGGUGCCAAUGGCAUAUUCGUGAAGGUGAUGACGGACGAGCAAAUGGAGAUCCUCCGCAAGCAAAUCGCCGCUUACGCCACCAUUUGCGAGCAGCUCGUCGAAUUGCACAAAUCCCUCACUUCUCACUCCGAUCUCGCUGGAGCCAGGUUAGGAAAUCUCUAUUGUGACCCCUUAGUUACAUCUGUUGGCCACAAAAUCACUGGCAGACAACGAUGGACUCCAACACCCAUACAGCUUCAAAUUCUUGAGCGUAUAUUUGACCAAGGGAAUGGGACACCUAGCAAACAGAAGAUCAAAGAGAUAACGUCUGAAUUAUCUCAACACGGCCAAAUUUCUGAGACAAAUGUCUAUAAUUGGUUCCAAAACAGGCGGGCUAGAUCAAAAAGAAAACAGCAGGUUGCACCAUCGAACAAUGCUGAAUCAGAAGUGGAGACAGAGGUUGAAUCACCCAAUGAAAAGAAGACAAAGUCAGAGGAUUUUCAGUCUCAACAUCACGUAGCUUCUAGGGCUGGGGAUUUAUGCUUCCAAAACCAUGAAAUAAACUCUAGGAUGCAUUCUUUAGAUUCUGAAACCAAUAAAGUAGAGCCUGUGUUCCCAUCAGAUGGCAGUUCAAAACCUGCAAGGAGUUCAGAACAAAUUUCUUUCUAUGACAGUAUGUUAUCAAACCCAAGAAUUGAGCACUUGAUCGGAAAGAUGGAAAUGUCAGGGAGCUACAAUCCAUAUAUGCAGGCCGAUGACUACAAUAUGGCAAAUUGAUACUGUUGUGCACUGGUGUGAUUUUUGCUUGGUGAAGUACAACUAGAAGCCAGAGCGUUCUAGCAUGGAAUUUUACUGCCCUAGGUAUCUGCUAAAGCAAAAUAACUGUUUGUCCAUCAAAUAUAUUAGCCCUUUCAAUGUAUUAAAGCUGCUUAGAGUUUUUAAUUUGUUUGUUUGCUUCUCUUUAUGAGGUCUUUGGUUGAGUAUUGGACUCUAGUAAUGGUUUCAGGAGCCCUGAGUGAAUGAUAUUGCUACUUGACUUAUUAGGAGAGGUUUCCUAGUAAUUAGAGUCUUUCGAAGCUAUGUUUGGAACACCCAACUUUUGACAGAAAAGAAAGGGCCAAAUUUAUUUUUU